CAAACGCCCCGAAUCAGAUGACUAAUGCUUCGCGACGCAUGCGCUGUUCUUUUGUUGUGGCCGGUUUUUUGGGUUGGUCUUUUGUGUGUGAAUUUAAAUCUUCGAUCAUCGGCCCAUUUUCGAGUUAAUUUAAAGAAAUAAAUAUGUCAGGCUUUCCGGGCAGCAUUGCCUUCGAUGAAUAUGGCAGACCUUUCAUCAUUUUGCGCGACCAAGCCACUCAAAAAAGGCUGACAGGAAUCGAUGCUCUCAAGUCACACAUUAUGGCAGCAAGACAAAUUGCUAAUAUAAUUAGCACCUCUUUGGGACCCAAAGGGUUGGAUAAAAUGAUGGUUUCCCCCGAUGGCGACGUAACGGUUACCAACGACGGCGCCACAAUCCUAAAAAUGAUGGACGUCGAACACGAAGUGGGCAAACUUCUCGUCCAGCUGUCGCAAUCGCAGGACGACGAAAUCGGCGACGGCACCACCGGCGUGGUCGUUUUGGCCGGAGCCCUUUUGGAGCAAGCCGGCGCUCUAGUCGACCGAGGCAUCCACCCGAUCAGGAUCGCGGACGGGUUCGAGUUGGCCUGCCAGGUGGCCGUCAAGCACCUGGACAAGAUCGCCGAGUUGUUCCCCGUAUCGCAGGACAACAUCGAGCCGCUGGUGAAAGUGGCGAUGACCACGUUGGGCUCGAAAAUCAUCAACAAGUGCCACAGGCAGAUGGCCGAGAUCGCCGUGAACGCGGUGCUGGCCGUCGCCGACUUGGAACAGAAAGACGUCAACUUCGAGCUGAUCAAAGUCGAGGGCAAGGUGGGCGGUCGGCUGGAAGACACCGUCCUCGUCAGAGGCGUGGUGAUCGACAAGACCAUGUCGCACUCGCAGAUGCCCAAAGAGUUGAAGAACGUCAAAAUGGCCAUCUUGACCUGCCCGUUCGAGCCCCCGAAACCCAAGACCAAGCACAAGUUGGACGUCACCAGCGUGGAGGAGUUCAAGGAGUUGCGCCAGUACGAGCAGGACAAAUUCAAGGAAAUGGUUGAUUUGGUCAAGAAGGCUGGCGCAAAUUUGGCCAUUUGUCAAUGGGGCUUUGAUGAUGAAGCCAAUCAUUUACUGUACUCGCAAGGUUUACCAGCUGUCAGAUGGGUCGGCGGUCCGGAGAUCGAGCUGAUCGCCAUAGCGACGGGCGGCAGGAUCGUCCCGCGCUUCGAGGAGCUCACCCCCGACAAGCUCGGUUCGGCGGGGCUCGUGCGCGAGCUGGCCUUCGGCACCACCAAAGACAAGAUGCUGGUGAUCGAGGACUGCUCCAACUCUCGCGCCGUCACCAUCCUGGUGCGCGGCGGCAACCAGAUGCUGGUGGCCGAGGCCAAGAGGUCUCUGCACGACGCCCUGUGCGUCGUCAGGAGCCUGGUUCUGGAACCGAGGGUUGUUUACGGCGGGGGCGCGGCGGAAAUCGCUUGCAGCUUGGCCGUGGCUGCCGAAGCUGAUCAGCUGGCUUCUCUGGAGCAAUACGCGUUCAGGGCCUUCGCUGAAGCUUUGGAAGCCAUCCCGUUGGCUCUGGCCGAUAACAGUGGACUGUCAGCCGUCCACUUCUUGGGAGAAGUUAAGUCCAAACAAGCUUCCACUGGAGACCCGGCCUUAGGUAUCGACUGCAUGAACACAGGAAACUUGAACAUGAGAGAUCAGCAUGUUAUCGAAUCUCUGAGAUCAAAAAGACAACAACUCCUAUUAGCCACGCAAUUAGUGAAAAUGAUUUUGAAAAUCGACGAUGUCAGAUCACCCGGUGAUAGUGGCAUGUAACUUAGAACUUUUUACAUUACAUUAAUCCAUGGUAUUAUUUUUUUGAUUGUUAACCCCACUAUUUUCGAAGUCGCUUUAACUCACCGAGUUUUUAAUCAUCAUCUGCAUUUACUUUAUUUAUAAUUUAAAUAAAU